CGAGCUCAGCUGUGUCUGAGUUGCCUAAAGACAAAAUAAGAACAAUCAGUACCAGUAGAACGGAAGUAGUAGAAGAAGAAAAACAGCAACAUGGGAGCUGUAACUGAUGAUGAGGUGAUUCGAAAACGUCUUCUCAUUGACGGUGACGGAGCUGGAGAUGACCGCCGAAUCAAUCUGCUGCUGAAGAGCUUCACCAAGUGGUGCAACUCACCUUCUGGGACCCUAGAAGAAGGAUUCACUCAGUACCAGAGGAUGGUGGCUACUCUGGCUCAGUGUGAGUUUUCUAUGGGAAAGACGUUGAUGGUUUAUGACAUGAAUCUUCGUGAAAUGGAGAAUUAUGAGAAGAUCUACGCAAACAUAGAACAAAACAUCACAUCUGCACAUGAGAAGAUCACAGAAUGCAAAAAAGAAAUUCUGCGGGCCAAGAGAAUACGAAAAAAUCGCCAGGAAUAUGAUGCUUUAGCAAAGGUAAUCCAGCAACACCCAGACAGACAUGAAACACUCCAGCAGUUGGAGGCACUCGAUAAAGAACUCCAGCAACUGUCUCACAUCAAAGAGAACGUAGAUGCAAAGUUGGAGUUGAGGAAGAAGCAGUUUCAUGUUCUUCUUACUACCAUUCAGGAGCUGCAGCAGACACUAGAAAAUGAUGAAAAGUCAGAUAGUGACGACCACAGUCAGGAGAGUCCCAUGGAGAAUGGGGAUUGAACACAUAAAGAGCCCAACUGAAGGAGUCACAGCUUUUAAUUGAAAUUUAGUUUGUCUAAGAAUCCUUUUUUGUAUGUAUUUUUGAAUAAAGCUGUCAUCUUGGA